UAAUGGAGGAACAUCAAUUAGUGAUUGAAUAAUUGGAAAGCAUGAAGAAUUUAAAGUAGUUGUUUCAUAAAAUGAAAAAUGGUAACAUUCGUAUUGUUGAUGGUCUUUCAAUUGUGAUUUAUAAAUUGAUUAGACAAUUCAGACCCUCAAGUUCAGAAUAUUUAGUACUCCUUCAAGAAUUGUUUUACCUUUCAAUAGAUAUGUAAUUGAUUAAAAUAAGUGAUGUAAAUAUGUUUAAAGACAAUAGUAAGUACUCGAAGUUUUGCUAAAGAAAUUCCCUACAGCUGAAAAAGUUUAGAGAUUAAAAGGAUAUUUGUUGGAAGCUAAUUAAGAUGAUGAUAAUGCUUCUUUAGUAUAUGAAAAGAUGCUAUCUGAAAAUUUGAUGGAUCAAAAUACAAGAAAAAGAAAAAUAGCAUUGUUAAGAGUAAUUUAUCAUUAUAUUUGUUAAAGAGAUAAAAUAAUAUAGAUUAGACAAUAGCUAUGUUAAAUAAUUUUCUCACUUCAUUUCCCAAUGAUGCCGAAGCAUGGCUUGAAUUAUCUGAUAUAUAUUUAGAGCAUUUGAAUUACUCUAAAGCUUAAUUUUGUCUUGAAGAAGUUUUAUUACUUAAUACUCAGGAUUUACAUUUAGUAAUUAAAUUAGCAGAAGUAAUAUUUUAAUAUUUAAAUUAAAAGAUCAAUUAUUGCAAUCAAAAUUACACUUAAGCUAAAAAUUAUUAUUGUUUUGUGUUAUCUAAAAAUCCAAAUGAACCAAGAUGUUUAUGGGGUCUAUUGUAAACAUUAAGAAAAAAGAAAAGAGAAGGAAAUGAUAAGGAAUUAGGAACAAUUGUAUUGUAAGCAUUAUAGAAAAUAUACAAAUAAUAACCAAUCAAAUAUCCAUUUGAAAAAGUAACCCUUGAAAUACAAUAGUGAA